AUGUGCAGUACAAGUGAGCAACGGACCGAAAAGGUCUCAGCCGUAGAUGUGAGCGUUGAAGACUCGUUCAAAACAGGAAAUGAUCCCCCUGCGCGGUUGUUCGGUGGUAAGCUUGUUGCUGAAGAAGUUGACGAUGACAGCAGGUUUGCUGAAAGACCAGAAGCGGAUGUAAAGCCGACUAGAGAAGAGCUGAGGCUUAGCGAGAGCCGGAAAAGCGCAUCUGAAACGGAACCAGAGAUUCUACAAAAUUACGGUAAAAAUGUUGAAGAAAAAGUUUGCAAGAUGGAACUAUGCGAAGAUGAAAUCAAGCGGGAAAAUGCUGACGAAGAAGAGCGCACUGAAUUAUCAACGGAAGCAACUACCGCAGCACAGGAAAGCACUGCUGAAGAAGAAAAACUGGAAAAAGAAGAAAGCUCCGAUAAGCCUGCAAAAGAGGCGACACCAAAACGCAGGAAAGGUCGACGUCAGAAAAGAGGGCCAAGUAAGAAAAAGAAAAUUGAAGAAGUAGAAACAGGGCCUGAGGUAGAUGAUGAAGAGUUUAUCCCAGAAAAGGUCCGAAAGUCACGCAGACGCACACUUCGAAGACGACGUAACGAAGAUAGUAGUGAUACACCAGUGGAAUAUGUUGAAAAGCGACGAUCCGGUCGAACUGCCAAUGCAGAAAAGAAAAGUUACGAUUUACAGGCGAAAUGGGAUGAGAUGGAUGAGGAAAUUGGUGAGGAUGAAAAAAGCUUUAAGGGGAAAAAGAUCGAAGAGCAGAGUGAGUUUAUCAUAGAAAAGAUUAUGGGCGUGAAGAAAAAUACAGAUGGGCCAGAUACAUACUUCGUCAAAUACAAAAAUAAAGCUUACAUUCACUGCGAAUGGAAAUCGCAAGAAGAGCUAGAAGAGGGCGACAAAAGAGCUGCUUCAAAAUUGAAGCGUUUUCAUCAAAGGAGGGCACAUAACUCGGAACAGGAUGAUGAAGAACAGUUUAACAGU